AACUCCCGCCGGCGCCGGCAGCAGCCGCGGCGGCACCAGCAGGAGCAGCGACGGCCGGGGAGCAGCCGCGGCGCCGCCGGUACCCGAGCCGGGAAGGACGCCGAGCGGCCAGCGGCAGCACCCGCUGCUUAGAGGCGACGGCGGAGGACCCCGCUGCGGCUCCAGGCAUCCGCGCUCUCUCUGCGGAGGAAUAACUUUAUUUUACCCGCGUCCCCCUCCUCUGUUUUUUCCUGUGGGCGCUCGUCCCCCAGUCCCGCUCGGCGGCGGCCGCAGCGAAAGGAGCCGGGCGGCGCUCCCGGCGCCGGGUCGGGGAUGGCGAGCCCCGCCGUGCUGGGGCUGCUGCCCCCCAUGAGCUCCCCGCCCGGCCCCAACCUGAACAACAACAACAACAACAACCAGGGCGUGAGGAAGUGCGGGUACCUGCGCAAGCAGAAGCACGGCCACAAGCGCUUCUUCGUGCUGCGGGGCCCGGGCGGCGGGGAGGAGGCGGGGGGCGCCCGGCUGGAGUACUACGAGAACGAGAAGAAAUGGAGAAACAAGUCCGGGGCGCCCAAGCGGGUGAUCGCCCUGGACUCCUGCCUCAACAUCAACAAGCGGGCGGACGCCAAGCACAAGUACCUAAUCGCCCUCUACACCAAGGACGAGUACUUCGCCGUGGCGGCUGAGAACGAGCAGGAGCAGGAGGGCUGGUACCGCGCUCUCACCGACCUGCUGAACGAGGGCAAGGCGGCCUGCCUGGGGUCCCCCCACCGCCACCUCGCCUCCCCCUUCUCUGCCUCCUGCAGCGCGGCCGCCGCCUCCCUGGCCGCCGCCGGCGAGGACCUCAACUACGGGCUGAUCACGCCGGCCUCCGCUGCCUACCGGGAGGUCUGGCAGGUGACGCUGAAGCCUAAGGGCUUGGGGCAGACCAAAAACCUCACCGGCGUCCACCGGCUCUGCCUCUCGGCCCGCACCAUCGGGUUCGUGCGCCUCAACUGCGAGUUGCCCUCUGUCACGCUGCAGCUGAUGAACAUCCGCCGCUGCGGCCACUCCGACAGCUUCUUCUUCAUCGAGGUGGGGCGCUCGGCGGCCACCGGCCCCGGUGAGCUCUGGAUGCAGGCGGACGACUCGGUGGUGGCCCAGAACAUCCACGAGACUAUCCUGGAGGCCAUGAAGGCGCUGAAGGAGCUGUCCGAGUUCCGGCCCCGCAGCAAGAGCCAGUCCUCAUCCUCCUCCUCCUCCGGGGGGGCCGCUGGGCCCGGCGGCAGCGGCGCCUCCGCCACCCACCCCAUCACCGUGCCCGGCCGCCGGCACCACCACCUGGUCAACCUGCCUCCCAGCCAGACCGGCCUCCUCCGCCGUUCCCGCACCGACAGCCUCGCCGCCGGCACCAAGUGCAUGCCGUGCCGAGUGCGGACGGCCAGCGAAGGCGACGGCUGCCGGGUGGGCUCGGCAGCGGGCAGCCCUAUGAGCCCGGGCCCCGUGCGGACCCCCCUCAGCCGCUCGCACACGCUUAGCAGCGGCGGGGGCCGGCAGACGGGGAAGCUGCUGCCGGUGCUGGCCGGCGGCCUGCAAAGCAGCCGUUCCAUGUCCAUGCCCGCCUCCCACUCGCCCCCCUCUGCCACCAGCCCCAUCAGCCUCUCCUCCAGCAGCGGCCUCGGCUCCGAGCCUGCCCACCCGCAUCACCCACAGCGCCCGUCCAGCGGCAGCGCCUCCGUCUCCGGCUCGCCUAGCGACGCCGGCUUCAUGUCUUUCGACGAGUACGGCUCCAGCCCGGGCGCCGACCUGCGGCCCUUCUCCUCCUCAUCCACCGCUAGCAACCGUAGCAACACCCCGGAGUCGGUGGCCGAGACCCCCCCGGUGCGGGACCCCGGGGGCGGCACCGACCUCUACGGCUACAUGGCGAUGGAGCGGCCCCCGAGCGGCCGCCUCUGCUACCGGCCUUGCCCCGACGCCGCUGCCGACCGGGGGCAUCGGAAGCGGACCUACUCGCUGACCACCCCCAGCCGGCAGCGGCCUGCCCCGCCGCAGGUCUCCUCCGCUUCCCUCGACGAGUAUACGCUGAUGCGCGCCACCUUCUCCGGCAGCGCCGGCCGCCUCUUCCCCUCCUGCCACGCCGGGGCUUCCCCCAAAGUGACCUACACCCCCUACCCCGAGGAUUACGGGGACAUCGAGAUCGGCUCCCACCGCAGCUCCGGCAGCAGCAGCACCAACCUGGGGCCGCCGGCAGGGGGGGGAGGAGGAGGGGGAGAUGAUGACGGCUAUAUGCCCAUGACCCCCGGCGUGGCCGCAGCCUUGGGGCAGGGAAGCCGGGGCGGCGAUGACUACAUGCCCAUGAGCCCCACCAGCGUGUCCGCCCCCAAGCAGAUCCUGCAGCCCCGGGCGGGGGUGGGUGGCGGGUCUCCCGGGAAUGGGAGCAGCUACAAGACCAGUUCGCCCGGGGAGAGCUCCCCUGACGAUAGCGGGUACAUGCGGAUGUGGUGUGGCUCCAAGCUGUCCGUGGAGAGCUCGGACGGGAGGCUGAGUAACGGCGACUAUAUCAAUAUGUCCCCUCGGGACCCCCAGCACGGGUCCCAGGCUCCCUCCCUUACGCCCCCGGACUUCUUUUUCGCCCCUUCAGGACACGGGUCCAGUGAGCCCCCCAAGCCGGGCUGCUAUUCGUACAGCUCCUUACCCCGCUCCUACAAGAGCCAGGGCCUGGCAAAGGACAGCGACCAGUACGUCUUCAUGAACUCCCCGGGGAGGAUGAUCCCGGAGGAAGGGGUGUGUGAUGUGGGCCAGUCGCCUGCCGGCACCUUCACCCCCUCCAGCCACACGGUGCCUUCACCCCUGCGGCACAGCCGGACCGAGAGCUUCCUGAGCCAGCGGUGCCAGCGGGUGGCCCGGCCCAGCCGCCUCUCUUUGGAGGCCUUGCGGACAGUGCUGCCCAGCAUGAACGAGCACCCUCUGCCGCCCGAGCCCAAGAGCCCCGGCGAAUACAUCAACAUUGAUUUCGGGGAUGCUGCCGUCUACUCUCCCCCCUCGCUGCCUGCCGACAGCCCGGCCUCCUCCCUGGGCUCGGGCACGGGGCAGAGGCGCUCCCCUCUCUCAGACUAUAUGAACAUUGACUUCGGGUCACAGUCGCCCUCCCAGUCAGGCACAGUCUCAGUGGGCUCCCUGGAAGCACUCUCUCCAGGCUCUUCCUCCAGCACCAGCCAGCCUGAUGGUCGCUACCUGAAGGCAGCUGUGGGGGUAGCUUGUUCAUCCAGCCCAUCUGAUGGUGGGGAUUACACCGAGAUGACCUUUGGCAUGGCCACCACCCCACCCCAACCCAUCGUUCAGAAACCAGAAAGUGCCCGGGUCACCAGCCCGACGGCUGGGGUGAAGAGGCUCACCCUCUCUGGGGUGGAGGCUUUCAUUCUCUCCAGCCCUCCCCCAGACCCGAACCGGGGGGCCAAGGUCAUCCGGGCUGAUCCCCAGGGGCGCAGGAGGCACAGCUCGGAGACUUUCUCCUCCACCACCACUGUGACCCCAGUGUCCCCCUCCUUUGCACACAACCCCAAACGGCACAACUCGGCCUCAGUGGAGAAUGUGUCCCUCAGGAAAAGCGAAGGCCUGGAGGAGGAGCAGGGUAGCAGCCCCAUGUGCCGGGAGACCUCGGCUGGCUUCCAGAAUGGCCUCAACUACAUUGCUGUUGACGUGGUGGAUGGGACCCUGGCAAACUGUGACAAAGCCAGGUUGAAAGCCAGGCAUGUCCUGAACGGGGGCAUCAAUGGAGUGGAGAUGAGCGCCUAUGCCAGCAUAGACUUUCUGUCUCACAACCUGAAAGAAGCAAGUGCUGUGAAAGAGUGAAGGAUUUAUUUUUCUCACCAUGACCUCAAACAACAGAGUACAACAUUCAAAGAAGCUGCUCGGCAUAUACCUUUUUUUGUCUGUUUUGGUUUGGUUUUGGGGGGUUUAGUUGUUUGGGUUUUUUUGUAACUGAAGCUGCUUAAGGUUUACUUUUUGUUGUUGUUGUUAUUGUUGGUCCGGACAGUUACUUAACUGUUGUGGACUAAACCGUGCAACAAAUCCGGGAGGAAGGGAAAGCAACCUGCCUAACUCAUUACCUGUCCGUGGCAUCUACAGUAUCAUUUUGCUGCUGUUUUGACAGAAGUUGGAGAUGCUCUUUAGAUCGUAGGAACUUUUCUGCCGGCCUCUUUAACUAACGGCCAAUGCCUUGAUUUCCUUUUUCUGCAAAGACAAACUGUAUUUAUUCUUCGGCAUAUUAGGGGAUUCUGUAACACCUGCUGAAGCAGCAAGAUCUGGUAUUUACUGGCAUAAUUUCAAGCCUACCACAGUACUACCUCAGUUCAGAGUAAAGCCGGAUUUGCAGUCUUGGUGUACGACAGGACCUCCUUUAUCGCUAUGCUGAGUCUCUCUCAAGAACAGUCGCCAGCCUUACUGAACUUGCAACGUGUACAGCUGCUGCUGCUGGGUUGUGAAUCACUAGCCACAGGGUUUACUUCCCAGACAAAGCCGCCGAACCAGGGCACUGAAAAGUCAAAAAUGGGAUGAAACUCUGCGAAUUGGACUUGGAACGGAGGAUUCAGAGUAGUUAAAAAGAAAAUAAUAAUAUAAAAACAAGUAACUGAAGCAACGUAGGUUAAAAACAUCAAACUGUAUUGGGGGUAUCUCUCUGUACCUUGGACACACUUGUUUAAUCCUCUCUAUGUAGGUGUUUAUGUAGGUACUUCAGAUUGCAAAAGCCUUUUCUCCUAUUUACAAGCUCACUUUUGUCAGCUAACCCUGUUCUUAGCUGCGUUUCUUGUAACCAAAAAUCCACAUAGGCAUGCUAGGAAUGCAGGGAUGAUAAUAGGUAUCAGGCAGAUUCAAGCGCUCAUAUUAACACAGUAUUAUCUUGCCAUCUAGAAAGUCCUGAUACUUGCCUUUACCAGGAAAGCGCCAUUGCAGCUGCAGACAUUAUUACAGGGAAGAACCAUUGCAGUCACUUAUCCUGAGUUUCUUUUCAAGGCUAACUGUGCAUCACAUGUCCAGGAGCCUGAAAAUCUGAGUGAUGUGACAGCUACCGUCACAAAUGUGACAUACAACUGUUACACCAGACUAGAAGGAUGUCAUGCCACCUUGUUUUUCCUUCAAUAAAUUUGUUGAAGAACAUUUUAAGGGUACCUCCCCAGUGCCUGCUCUGAUAGACAUGUGUUACUAAAUUAUUUGAGACUUGUUUUUCUUUUUGGAAAUCAUUGUACUAGGUGGAACCUGUACUUCAUUGUUAGCAAUGCAUUAUCUUUUGGGUUUGUUUUUUGUGGGGUUUUUUGUGUUGUUGUUUGUUUUUUUUUUUCUGAGGAAGACAAGAGUCAGUGCCUUUCAAAUACCAUGAAUGGCACUGCAGUCUUCCUGCUUACAUGCUGAAUUUUUAGAACUGAGGAUUGUAUUACAAGACAAAGAUGAAUGUAAACAAAUUCCUUCCCUACCCCGUGACACACUUUAUUAUUCAGUGUAAUUUUUGGGGUCUUAAAUCACAGCGAUGCAUAGGCUAAUACAAUAAUAGAUCUAAAAUCUAUUUAAAUAUCUAAUCUAUCUGUUGGAGGGUUGUUUUUCUUUUUAAUAAUAAUACUAUAAAUGGUUCUAAGACAUUCUAAAAUGCUGCUUGUUAAAGUCUGGAACUAAAAACAAAUACCAUUGAUAUUUCUGCCUGAACCCCCCCACUUAUAGCACAGAGUGUGGUACCUGCUGAAUUCAAUGUUUCAAACUUCUAUUUUGAAGUAGCCCUCUAUACCAAUUAUGAAAUCCUGCUACUAAAACAAAUGGCUAAAAUGCAUACAGCAUCUUCAAAACAAAAACUUGACAAUAUAGUAAAUUCUUCUCUAUCCUGUAUAUUUCACAAAGGCAUAUGCAAUACUUACAUUCUUAAUUUAGUUUACAGAAUGGAACCAAAAUGUAUAAAUGUUAUGUUUGCUAAAACUUCACAAUGUAUAUUGGGUCUUUGUACAUUUUGCCUGACUUACCUUAAAUUUGAAAUAUUUUUUGCUAUAUAACCUUGACAGUUAUUAAGCAGUGUUUUCUUUUGGGUACGUAUUGUUUCUGGAUAUCAAGAUGUUAAAUAUAUUUCUUGCUAUUGUGAUAUGACAAGAGACUUAACUUAUCUUGCUGUGUCUUCCAAUGUACACGCUGUAUAUAAGGAUAAAUGUGAUGCUGCUGGAGACCAGAAUAAAUGGAACUAGAGUAGUGUAUUGUAUUUAGUCUGUAUUGAUCAUGGAUGCUCUCCUUAAUAGCCAUAUGCAAUAAAAUACAUUAUUUAUGAAA